AUAUAAAGAGAGCCACACAAAGUUUCAUCGAUGACAUGUAUGAAUACAUACCAAUAAAUCCAUCAAAACAUGCUUCUUAGCACCUGCUCAAAACCAUGUAUAGCAUUAAUCCUCGUCAGUGAAUUCUCCCAUGCUCUCUUCGUAAAUCUGCAACUACUAUCUUAUGCCAAUACCCACUUAGAGCAAAAUGAUAACGGGAGCGUAUUCAUCUUCAGGCACUCUUACAGUCACUAAUAUAAAAUCCUACAUUUCAUUUUAUACGCACAGAAAAAACAACACCAACAAGAACACUAAAUAUAUCAGAGUCUGUGCUACUCCACCAUUUAGCAUCCCCUCUGAGAAAAACAAGAAGAAGAAACAAGUCAAUAGAUUUUGGCAGAUUGUAAAGAAGGACAGUGAAUUUGUACAGAAGGGAAUUCACUGGACUAGAGAAGUUGGGCUUCCUGUAUUGGCUAAGAGGAUCGAGGGCAUCUUUUUGCUCAGGAAUUGGGAAGACCCAGAUGCAAAACUACUGCCUCCCCUGCCUUGGUCUAAACCCCACUAUCCAGAAUUAACAGGUACAGACUUGCUAGCAGCUGAUGUUAAAUCUUUGAAAGAGUACAUUGAUUAUUUACGGGGUUCAUUAGAUAUGUGGCGCAUUCCGUUGCAGGAGUCCUAUGACCCAGAUCAGAUAGCCGCUUAUUUCAACUGCAGGCCCCAUGUAUUGGCUUCCAGGAUUCUUGAGGUAUCUGUGGCCUUUGCAUCUGUGAUUAUAAAAGAAAAAUCUGAGAAGGCACUUAAAUUAACUAGGUCUUUCUCAAACAGAAAAACAAAUGAAAUUCAGUCUGAGUACUUCACUGGAGAAAUUCUCAAAGAAACAAUGCUAAAGCUUGGACCAACUUUUGUAAAAGUUGGCCAGUCUAUUUCUACAAGGCCAGAUUUAGUAGGUCAGGCAAUUGGCAAGGUCCUAGCAGAGUUGCAGGAUCGAUUGCCUCCUUUCCCAACAGCAGAAGCCAGACAGAUUAUUGAGGAAGAAUUAGGUUGCAAGGUUGAUGAGGUUUUUAGUUCUCUCUCCAAAGAUCCUGUAGCAGCUGCAUCAUUUGGCCAGGUGUAUCGAGGAUGUACAAUAGAAGGUGAGGAUGUUGCAGUUAAAGUACAACGUCCCAAUGCCUUAUAUAAUGUUGCGCGUGAUAUCUACAUUCUCCGACUUCUUGUAAAAAAUCAGUCACCUCUUACAGCCAUAUCAAAGGAACAAGAAUGUGAUUCAGGGACUAUGAAAGUUAAACAAGUGAUCAAAGAAAUUAAUGACCUCCAAAGGGACUGUGAUUUGGAGCCAACCUACCUUUUGAGACAUGAAGGAGGACUCGAGAAUGAUGAAGAAUUUCUCAGUGACUACAACAGCUCUACUAUCACAGAGAUUCAACAUGAUGAUAGCACUUGGGAAGAGCAUCAUGAGUGCAAUUCUGUUGGGCUUGAUAAUGAGAAUGGAAAGAUAUGGAAUCUGAGUGACUGUUUGGGAUUCCUAAUGGAUCAAGCAGUUGAAUUUCAUGUUGAUGGCAUUGUGAGGAAAAGGGAAUAG